UACGGAAGCCUAGAGGCGUCGUUCUUCCUCCUCCUCCUCCUCCUCCUCCUCCUGCUGCUGCUGCUUUUCAGCCCAGGGGAGCAGCUAGCGCUGGGCCGUGAGGCCUCCCGGCGGGGCUGCCAGCGGCGGGAGGAGGAGGAGAGCGGAGAAGAUGGCGGCGCCGCUGCUGUCCCUCUCGGAGGGGGAAGGCGCCCGGGCGCGGAGGAGGGAGCAGCUCAGAGCCUGGGCAGAGGCUGAAGCAGCGGCGGCGGCGGCAGCGGCAGCAGCGACCCCGCCUCCCUCGGGCUCGGCGCCUUUGCCUUCUCCGGUGGCGGAGAACCAAGGGCCCGGGAUGGGCUCCGGGGAUGGGAGCAGCCCCCAGCCCCGCCAGCAUCAUCGCCGCCGCCCGCGCGCCGUCCGCUUCGACGCCGCCGCCGAGUUCUUGGCUUGCUGCGCCGGAGCGGAGCUGGAGGCGGCGCGGGAGAUGCUGGGCCCGGAUCCGGGCGCCGUCAACGGGACCAACGCCGACGGCAUCAGCGCCCUCCACCAGGCUUGCAUCGAUGAAAACAUGGAGGUGGUUGAAUUUCUGGUGGUAAAUGGAGCUGAUGUGAACCAAGCUGACAAUGAGGGCUGGACUCCGCUGCAUGUUGCUGCAUCCUGCGGCUACAUUGAGAUCGCACAAUACCUCUUGGACCACGGUGCCAACAUUGCUGCAGUGAACAGUGAUGGGGAUGUGCCAUUGGACAUUGCUGAGGCUGACAACAUGGAGGCCUUGCUGCGUUCGGAGAUUGGGAAAAGAGGGGUAGAUGUAGAGGUAGCCAAGCGAGAGGAGGAGGAGGUAAUGCUUCGUGAUGCCCGUCAGUGGCUGAAUGCUGGCAAAAUAUCUGACGAGCCACACCUCAAAACUGGAGCCACUGCCCUGCAUGUGGCAGCUGCCAAAGGCUACAUUGAGGUUAUGAGGCUGCUCUUACAAGCUGGCUAUGACCCCAACGUGCGGGACAAAGAUGGCUGGGCCCCCCUGCAUGCGGCAGCCCACUGGGGAGUGGAGGAGGCCUGCCGCCUUUUGGCUGAGCACUUUUGCGAUAUGGAGGCACUCAACAAUGUGGGCCAACGUCCCUGUGAUCUUGCAGAUGAGGAUACUUUAGCUUUGCUCGAGGAGCUGCAGCGCAAGCAAAAUGAUUUGCGCAGCAAGAAAGAAGCACACCUGAGGCAAGCUGUAAUUGACACCAGCUUGGAACUGCCCCCAUCUUACACAAGCAAGCACCGAAGGAGCUCUGUGUGUCGCAUGAGCAGCAAGGAGAAGAUCUCUGUUCAGGACCAAUCGAAGGAACGUAAGACCUUGGGGACCAUUGCUGUUGGCGAGGAGGAGACCAGUUCAGCCUCAGAGGGAGAGGAAACUCCAGGUUCCAAUGAAGUGAAGGCCAUUCCUGCAACAGACAGCGGUGCAGUGAAUGGAGUCUCCGUGACCCCUGUCACCCCUCUAUCCCCCAGUCCUACAGGGCAGAAGUUCUCUGGAGGCUCCAGCCGUACCAUGGAACCAGAGGAUGCAGCAGCGCCUGCCAUCUGGAGACAGAGCCUACGUAAGACGAGCAGUUUUGGGGUGUUGCAGGAUGCCAAGCUGGAUGAUGGGGCUGCCAAGCAGGGCAGUGGCAUCAAGCGCUCAGCAUCAAGUCCCCGGCUUGAUACAGAAGAAAAGCAGCAAGACAUCCGGGAACUCUUACGGAAGUGGAACAAGAAUCCCAUUGGCCCAGGGUUAGCCAAUAGGAGCGCAGCUUCUGAGCCAGCUGGUGACCCGAGCAAAGAGCCACUCCUGGCCCGGGUAACCCCAACACCCACUCGGCGGAUAUUUGCCCUCCCAGACACAGAGCCCCACAGAGAUCCCCGGAGAGCGUCGUAUCAGACGCCAGUGCGAGAUGAAGAGUCAGAAUCUCAGAGGAAGGCCCGUUCCAGACUCAUGAGACAGUCUAGACGAUCCACACAGGGUGUUACCCUCACAGAUCUAAAAGAGGCUGAGAAGACCAUGGGGCGGACCGGAGAUUCCAAAACUGCGUCAGAGCAGCGAAGCAAGGAGGAUGAGAAGCAUGACAAAGAUGGAGAGCAGCAGUCCCAGGAGACUACGGUAGAGGAUUCUUCUAGAAGAUUCCGGCUCCCUAGUUCAGACAGUUCUUCAGUUUAUACUGUGACUCCAUUAGUGGUGAAUUCGCAGCCCAGAAAGGGCUCAGAAGCUGAUGAGACCAACUCAGAGGCAGAUUCGGACCUCCGGAACAGAUUGGCUAUUCGGGACCGCAGAAAAGGCCGUCGAGAGAGACGCAUCACUGGUUUGGGCGGAAACUCAGAGGGUGAGGAUGAUGAAGAUGUUGAGCAAGUCAACAAUGAAGAUCCCUCCGGACAUGGCAGUGAACAUCUAAAUAGCCUCCUACCAAACCGGACAGCUCCCUACAGCUGCCAGAGACUGAACAGCGCUUCAUCGGGCUGCAAAGAGGAACCCGAUCACUAUUACAAGAAAUUGUAUGAAGAUCUCUCGAUAGAGAAUGAAAAACUGAAGGAACAACUACAAGAAGCACAGCUGCAGCUGACACAGAUUAAGUUGGAGCUGGAAAGAGUGACUCAGAGGCAAGAGCGUUUUGCUGAGCGGCCAGCUCUCCUUGAACUGGAGAGAUUUGAACGCCGAGCUUUGGAAAGGAAAGCGGCAGAGCUGGAGGAAGAGUUGAAGGCUCUUUCAGAUUUGAAGGCUGACAACCAGCGUCUCAAAGAUGAAAAUGCCGCUCUUAUCCGCGUUAUCAGCAAGCUCUCCAAGUGACCACUGCUGCCACGGCCCCUUGAUUCUUUCAAGGAUUGGGGCCUUAUUCUGCACCCCUCCCACUUGUGUACCAGGUCCUCAAUGGGGUCAGGAAAAAUACAUGAGGAGAGGGACAGCCAAGUUCCUAUCGCCACCAAAACACUCCAGAUUUGGGCUUUUCCAAGCCUCAGCCAAUCAGAAGCCCACCAAUCAUUAUUUUUACAGAAAAGGCCAAGUUUGUCAACAGAAACAAUGUCUUGCACGUCCUCUUUUUCUUCCUCCCUUUUUUCUUUUAUUUCCUCCUCUCCAGAGACAGUAUUUAUUUUGUGGCUUCCUUAAAGUGAUGUUAUUUGCUUAUUGCUUUUCCUUCAGUGAACAAAGGCAGUGGGGAUGACAGGAGCCAUUUUUUUCUGGAGGCUUGUAGGAGUGGAGUGGCCACAAUCCAGUUCAGCUUUUCUGGGAGUAGGGAAGAUGAAACAGCUGAGCUCUAUUACAACUUGGAAGCAAAAGGCCAGACUGUUUGAGGUUGUGGGCAGAGUAGGGUUAAAGGGAGGCCAGCCUGGCCUACAGGGUUUACAGCCUAAUGGAGAAUGGGCACUGCUUAUAAUUCCUUAGGCUAAACAUUUGAACCUUGUCACCCAAGAACAGCAUUGUAUCAACACUGGUCAUCCAUGGGGUUGGAGGGAGGGAGGGAGGAUAUCUGGAUUCAGUCCAAGCAUCACCUCACAGAGUGACAAGGGUUUAAUCCAUUGGUAAUUGCAUAAAUGCUGCCAGAGGGCAGCAGGUUCAAAUGUUGUAGGAUGGAAGGUGGCCUUUAGUAAGCAGAGAGCACCUAGUAGCAGAGAGCAGCAUUACUUGUAGUCUGUGGCUGCAUCUCAUGUGGCCCCAAAAUGUGGUGGGAAUUCACCCACUUUUCUCUGUAGCAUAACUGAUCAACUGUGCUGUAGGGACAGGGCAGUAGUGGUAGAAAUGCUGUUCUCUGGCUUCCCAGUUCGCUCUCUACAUGCUGCUAAAGUAAACCACUGGGUAAACCACAGUCUCAAUGGAAAUGACAUGGGGAUGGGAAUGUUCUGAGAUGUGUGCAGAGGAAUGUAAGCUUUUGUAUUGAGAUAGUAUUGCAUUUUGUGCAUGUGGCUUCUAGCUGUUAGCACAUGCAGAAGAGAGGUUAUGUACCCCUGUUGUAGACAAUCUAGGCUGGCAAUUGGCCUGUGACCUGGAAACUUGAGCAAGCAGCUUAGAACAGGUAAAUGGGGGUGGGGAGAAAUGUGAUUGUAUGAGACAUUUUAGCCACAGUCUAUUCUGAGGCCAUGAAUGAGUUUACUCAGAGGGAAAUGCAAUGUAACUGUUAUUUUGCUUUUUAAAUCAUCUGUGGGAUUGUCUGUCCUUUGGUUGCCUAGAAUCAAAGAGACAUAGGAAUGCUGGGGGUGGGAGGGGCAUUAUAUGACAGCCAGAAUAGUAUUCAUUGUUGAGAAGAGAGCAAAGUGCCAUAGUUGGGUUGAGCGAAGAUGGAAGUGGGCAUUGUUACAGUUGCUCCUUUCCCUGUAUUUUUACACUAAGGCAGUUGACUUUAGCUCCUGUUAUUCACUUUCCUCAGCCUCCUGUUGUUUAGAUAACGAGUUUGGCCUACUCCCUUCUCAGACCCUUGAAUGUCCAAACUUAGGCCAGACUCAAAAGACUGUUUCCAUUGUUUUCUCACCUCAAUCAGGAAUAAGGUCAAGCCCAAAAGAAACAGGUUUUUUCUCUCUAUACUUUCUGGACAGUGCCCAGUCCAGCUGUGAGGUUGCCCAAACUAUAGGUAUCUAGCAUGGAUAACACAGGCCAUAACCAGCAUCCACAUUUGACAUUGCCCUAGUUGCCAGCCUUCUACAUUCCACUCCUCUUCCUCUGGGAGCUUUGCCUCCUUGACCUCUUCCUGGACUCCGCCACUUUCCUUGAGGAUACAUGAGGUUCUAGCUUCAUGGCUCUCCUGCAUUCCUCUUCCUGCACGCACACAAUCAAAUAUUUUCAAUGUUAAAACUGAGGGCUAGAAGUAAUUCCAAGAGAAACGGGUCCAAAGUACUACCCUGAAAAUCCUGUCUGUGUGUGUGUGUUUUUCCUGCGCUAUCAUGAGCCAAGAUUCCUCUGCCAAAAUAAAUAGCCCCCUUCCUUUCUACCCUGUUCUCCCUUUAAUCCCACCCCCCCCUUCCUUCCCUCCACCUGCCUUGGUCCAUGAAUUCCCCUCCCGAACAUAUCUGUACAUAACAGAAAUAUUUUCUAUAUGGCUGCAUCGCCAACAAAAACAAGAAAAAAUGCAGAAAAACCUAAAUGUGCAAUAUCGCAUGAGUAUUUUUUUUCCAAAGAAGUCUCUAUAUUGUACUUGUUUAUUCAGCAGCUCAGCUGCAUUUGUUUUAAAGAACAGGGAAUUGAAAGUACCGUGUUUGACUAUAAUUAAAAACGAUGAAAAAUUG